AUGGCAAGAAUUCACGAUCGAGAUCGCGACAGAGAAAGGGAGCGAAAGAAGAGACGGAGGAGGGACAGCGGCGAUGAUUACGAAGAGGAAGGAGGCAUAUCAGGUGGGAGAUCGGGAAAUAAUUGGAUUAAUAGUAGCUGACCCUGAUUACUGUAUAUUUCCACGAAUCAUUGUUUCAGAGACCUGGAAAGUUGUUCCAUGAGAUUGAAACUGACUUGAAAUUGGCAUUUCAGGAUGGAAACUCGGGCUCGUAAUCGGAGUAAUCGUCGUCUGUUUCGCAAUGCUCUACCCGACCCUCUUCCAUCCGAUGCUCAUGGGAUUCCUGGGACGGAGCCCUCAGCCGGCUGCUUCAAUGGGCCAGCAACGUCCUCCAAUCCAUCCUGCAAUGGGCGGCGGCGGUUCGCGUCAUCCGGGCGGUGGCCAUCCGUCUCGUCCGGACGUGCAUCCAGCAAUGAGAAUGGCCCAAGCACAGGCGGAGGGCCAAUCGGGCGGUUCGAAGGGAAUGUUCACUUGGAUGUUGCCAAUCUACACGAUUGGAGUUGUUAUGUUCCUGCUGUACACUCUAUUCAAAUCAAAAGGAAAGAAAACGAAGAGAAAGAAGAGGAGCAACUACUUAGAUUCGGAGGAGGAGGACGAAUGCGACGAGGAUGAUUCGGAAGCCGAGACAAAGUUCGGCGGGAAGUUCGGAAAGAAGAAGCUGCAAGGACUGCAGCAGAGACUUCGACAGACCGAAGAAGCGAUGUCCAAGAUCCUGGAGCAGUUAGAAUCAGUGCAAGCAGGAGCACAGCCUGUGGAUUUGGAUGCUGCUGAGCAGGUGAGUGACGGACGUCACGGACAAUCUGAAACUUCGGAUUUCAGAUGGCUGACCAGUUGGAAGAAGAUGUAUCCGCAAAAGAGGCGGUUGGUCUGAACGAGACGAAUGAGCAGUACAUCAAGGAUUUGGAGACGGCUCUCAAAGAGUUCCAGUCACUGUCGAAGGCGUAUGAUAAAGAGAAAAUGAGGAAGCUGAAGAGGGACGAGAGUUCAAGCGAAGAGGAAGAGGAAGAAGAAGCAAGUUCGGAUCUGUCGGAAAUAGAAGAGGAGAAGGAGAUUACGAAGAAACCGACAAAACAGAAGAAGAACGUGAAGAGCCGCCAGAAGAGCACAUCGGAAGAGGAAGAUGAGAAGGAGAAGGAGAAGGAGAAAGAAGACGAGGAUGCGGAGGAAGAGGGCAUCGACAUUGAUUCCGAGAUCCGCGAGCAAGAGGAGAAGGAUCACAAGGGUAAGACGGUCAGAAGACGUCGUGCUCAGAAGACUUGA